AUGUCCCGCUGCACGGCCCUCAAGGGCACCAGCAGCGGAGAAAAAGCUAGAUCCAGGCCGAGCCCACUCUGGGGGCUGCAGGAGCAGCCAGCCCUGCUGAAGGGCCUCCCACUGGCAGGCCCUUCCUUUCCAGGGCCGGCAGGGCCUGAGUCCGGGAGGCCCCGCGCCCUCUCACCCCGCCUGGCAGCGGCCGCCGCGGGCGCCCCGGACGGCAAGGCGCCGGCGACCAGGCCCGGCCAGAGGCGUUGGGCCGGGCGGAGGGAGUGGCUAGGAGAUCGCGGACGCAGGGACCCCAAGGUCUCCAGGUCGGGCUGCGCGCGCGGGCCCCGGGCCUUUUGUCUGGAGAGGCCGUUGGGCCGGGGCUGGAGGCGGACCCGUACUCGGGGCGAGGGCCGCCCGUCCGGGCCGGAACCCCGAGCUGGGCGAGCGGGCGGGGGUCCCGGCUCCUUACCCGCGCCCCGCACCUCCAGGCCGCAACUUGACCUGCCCAGCGCGCGCCCGGCCACGGGGAGAACCGGGCCCGGGAUCAAAGCGGGGUGCGGGGCGGGGAGGGGGGCAGGCGGCGAGGAACAAGGCGAGGCGAGCGGCGUCCUGAAUGCGAGUCGUACCUCCACGGGCACGCACACGGGAGCAAAGGUGCGGACACAAGACCUGGCACAGGACCGGCGCAGCGCGCAGACGCACAGCCCCGGCCUGCCCUUCCCCUUGGCUCCCGGCUCGCGGCUGGGCAGCCUGGCCCAAGCCACUUACACCAAAGGCCACCUUGCCUGUCGCUUUGCCCUGAGGAGCCGUCUCUUUCGGAGUCACCUCCUCCCCCGCUCCGGCCUGCGCCUCCUCCUCUCCCCCGCCGCCUGGAGCCGGAGAGGAGAUGAGAAACCCUUGUAG